AUGGCGGCGGACGAGGAGGAGGCGUCGGAGAGGUUUGUGGUGGAUCCGCAAAAUUUGACCACCGCGACAAGCCACCGAGAUAACCUGCCUUCGCCCAACGCCGACCAUUUUCAUCAUCAGAAUGAAUCUAAAGAAGAAUCCAAAGUCUCAGGAAACCCGCCUUCAUCUUCAUCCUCGGAUAAAAACACUACCUUAAUGAAUGGGGUUAAGGGCAGAACUUGCAAGGGAUCUUACUCUGUCGAUAAAGAUCAACCAAACGAUGAGAAAGAGACGACGACACUGCCUAUUUGUGUUGGAAUUGAGAUUUUGAUGGACAGAAGAGUCAAAAAUAUUAGUUCACCUCCGGCUCACAUACAUAACAAAGAAGGUGUUUCUACUUCAACAAACUCACCAACUCGUCCAGUGAAACCGACUCAGCCAAUUAAUGAUGAGUUUCUGACCAGAUUCAAAAGAAAUGCCAACUUGGUUGCGAUGGGAGUGGUCAAGAACAUGAGCAAAGUGGGCAACCGAGUAAAAGAGAGUGUAGACGACAUUCUCUACCCUUACCGCAGACGCCCUAAAUAA